CUUGCCCUCCACAGAUGCUCGUGCUGGCAUCUCGAAAAAGUUUCCAUAGAAAGAAGACACAUCAGCGGUGUAGCCCCUCUUUCAUUCCUCAACACCACCAAAAAAAAUGAGGCUGUCGUUCUUUACGGUCGGCGUAUUGGCUUCACUAGUCAUUAUUGUGGCAGCAUGGAGCAAAGAAGAUCAAGAAAUCUUCCGUCUGCGAGACGAAGUCGAAGCCCAUGAAGGUCCUGGUGUUACCUUCUACGAUUUUUUUGGUAUAAGUCCUUCUGCGAGUCAGGACGAUAUUGUGAAGGCAUACAGGAAGAAGUCCAAAUUGUUACAUCCCGACAAAGUCAAGCAGAAGUUCAUUGCCGACAAGUCGACUGGGAAGGACAAGAAGAAGUCGAAGAAGCCAGGAGUGCACGUCUCGAAAGGGCCGACUCAAGCAGAGAUCAAAGCUGCUGCCAAGGCUGCCAGCGAUCGAUUCGCGCGUCUAGGCAUAGUGAACCAGAUUCUCAAAGGCGAAGGAAGAGCACGCUACGAUCACUUCUUGAGCAAUGGAUUCCCAAAGUGGAAGGGUACUGGUUACUACUACGCUCGCUUCAGACCUGGACUCGGUACGGUUCUAGUUGGACUUUUUAUCUUCGUUGGCGGCGGUGGACACUACCUUGCGCUCUACAUGAGCUGGAAGAGACAGAAGGAAUUCAUUGGAAGAUACAUCAAGUUUGCACGACAUGCCGCUUGGGGUGAAAACUUGAACAUUCCUGGUCUAGAUGCAGCGGUUACUCCUCCCCCUGCCGACGAGACCGACCCAAUGGCACAACCUCUCAACAGAAGACAGAGACGCAUGCAAGAGAAGGAUACCAAGAAGGAUAAAGGAGACAAGAAGUCUAAGCUAUCAAAGUCUGCCAAAGCCUCGCCGGCUGCUACUCCACCUGUUGGUGCUACUGGUCCUAGAAAGCGUGUUGUGGCCGAAAAUGGCAAGAUUUUGGUUGUUGACUCUGUUGGUAAUGUCUAUUUGGAACAAGCCAACGAAGAUGGCGAGACUCAAGAAUUCCUCCUCGAUCCCAAUGAACUACAACAACCAACCAUCAAGGAUACAGCUCUAUACCGUGUACCAAUUUGGGCUUACAAUUCCAUUGCUAGUCGUUUUCUAAACAAAGCCGAGGUCACUGAAGAGGAUGAUGAUGAUUUUGACGAAGAACAGAAUACCCCCACCAGCAGCUCAGGAGCAGAAGACUUUGAAGUUUUGGAGAAAGUCAAGACAACCGCUCAGACUGAGAACGGGAAGGCGAUACGUAGAAAGAAGAGUAACCGUGGUCGGUAGAUGCAUGAUUUGUGUUGUAUAAUUGUAGAAUAGAUAAAAGGGUGGGCGGAUCCAUGUUCAGAGUAUCAAAAAGUUGGGAAUCUACCGGGAGCAUUCAUCAAGCAAUGGAUAUAGACAUGGAUUUGAGACCUCA